CCCCCCUAUCCUGAACCCCCUAGCCACUUCUACCAGCACCCUCAUCACAGUGGCAGCAGAUGAUGAUCUCUGCGACAUCCCAGAGAAUAAGUCACCCUGUGACCCUCUGACCCCAGCAGUGUCCCAGUUGUAUUUGCUGGUCAGGCAUGUCCCCCCUGGUAAAGUCACCUCAGAAAGCAAUUUUGAGAUUUGAGUCUUGCUAAUGCCAUUUUGUAGCUGAGUGCAACGACUGUUUUGCUAUGGGUAGGCAAGAAAAAGUCUAAAGCUGUCUUUUUGGCAGUAAUCAGAUAAUGUAGGACACAAAAGGUGCACAUGCUGGUGCUUUGAUCAAGUGGGUUCAAAGUAGUGCAUGUUGCAUGUUUAUUGUCAUUAAAAACACCUAGUUUUUAUUUAGCAUUCUGAUGGCUUUGUAUAAUAGCUUUAUCAAUUCUUAUUAGGAUGGAUUGUUAUAAGGCUUGUGGGUAUAACACGUGAAACAGUCAAACCAGUAUGCUGACUUUGAAACAUGUUCAUUUUCACUUUCAAUAUUUAUCCCUCCCUGCUGAGUGUACUAGCAGCCAAUCACGUGGUUAAUUGUUUACCGAAGGGAGGGCUCUGCACACCUCAAGUGAAUUCGUGUACAGGGAGAAAAGCAGCUUUAUGUUAGACAGUGAAAGCAUUCAUAGCCAAAUAUCUUGUCUGAAAAAGAGUAUUGUCAUGGCUCCCACUUUGUUUGAUAAGAAGCCAGAACCUGGGGAUUUGAUUGAGAUUUUUCGGGGCACCUAUCAGCACUGGGCAGUGUACGUUGGAGAUGGUUUCAUCAUCCACCUUGUCCCCCCAACUGAGACAGCACAAGCCGGUUCCUUCAGCAUGAUGUCAGUCAUGUGUGACACGGCCAUGGUGACAAAGGACGAGCUGUGGGCGGUGGUGUGGAAUGAUAAGUACCGUAUCAACAAUCUGCUUGAUGACAAAUACAGACCCAGGAGCCCUAGUGCCAUAGUGAGGGAGGCCAAGAGCCUGGUGGGACAUGAGCUGCCAUACAGUGUCUUUCAAUGGAACUGUGAGCAUUUUGUCACAGAACUGAGAUAUGGGAAAGCUGAGUCACGACAGGUGCGCCAGGCUGCGGAGGUAGGAGUAGGAGCGGGAGUGGCUGCUAUGAUUGGUGUGGGAGUCCUUGCUGUUGCUGCUGCCUACUUUGCAGGCGGGAGCAAAGAAAAGAAGAACAAGCAAUAAGCUGAGGGAGCUCACAGAAAUGCACAACCAACAAGCCUUAAUUUAAUUCUGCUUAUGUUGCCGUAUGCUGACCUUUUCCACAGCUCCAGGAAUGGCAGUCCUGUACAUUUUGUAGCUUCAGGUAUUCAAAGUUACAAAGCAAAUGACAAGAAAUCAAAUAGUUUGAAAUAACUGACAAUGAGUAGUUAUCAUGGUUGCUCACAUAACUCACCUCUGCAUCUGUGAUUCAGUCUGUCGGUAUAGAAUCCUGUUGAUAAAACCUCAAUAAAAAAAUAAUUUUUCAUGCAAUAUUGUUUCAUGCAAUAUUGUAUUUGCUAUUCGUUUUUACAAAUAUGGAAUAUAAUCAGCUCAGUAGUGGAUAGAAAACAUAAUGUGCAACUCAAUAAAAGCAGGUUGAAAUUUCA